AUUAAAUAUUAAAAUAAAAUAAUGAUCGCCGUUUUGGAAAGAAUAAGUUUUCUCUGCUUAGUAUUGCGUGUGGCAGGCGUACCAGGCGAUAUUGCACACGAUAAAAGGGCGAUUGCAAGGGUUUUGGACAAUAUUGCUUUUCCAAACCAACGGUAUGCUGACUUAGCUGUAGACGACGACCCCAAAACUUGCAGUUCUACAGACUUUGCAAAUAGUUCCAGAACUGAACCACCCUGGUGGCGUAUUUGGUUCCCGUACAAUGUCAUUUUCUCAAACAUCGAAAUGACCAUCAAUAAAACCACGCUACAGUAUAUAUAUAAUGUUUCGGUUUCUGUUACAAACAUGACUGAAACUGAAAGCAAACAUAAAACGAUUUGGCACACUCCAGAACACCAUUGUUACCAUGGCGAUGGCUUAAAGCUAUCCAAGGAUAGCGAAUACGCCAUCAUUAAGUUCUAUUGUAUAUCCCUAUCAAUAGGAAACACCAUAAAGAUUACUCUUGCUUUGAAUAAAAGUCAACUGGAAAUUUGUGAUGUCAAUAUAAACCAAGCUUGUAUCAACGACACAUUCGGUCCUAACUGUUCAAUUACAUGCAAUGAACAUUGUACCGGACUAUGUGACAGUGUAAAUGGGACCUGUAGCAGGUGUGAGCUACAUUUCAAAUGGCCCUGCGAAAACUUUACAUAUGGUCAAAAUUGUUCCGAAAGGUGCGACGAAAUCUGUUUAGGUCCUUGUAACAAGACGGGAGCUGCCUUAAAUGUGUUGCUGGACGUACGGGACCAUAUUGUGACGAAUGCCACACCAAAUUAA